GGUUUCUGGGUUCUCUUACUGUUUAUAUAUAGUAGUGAGGGAAGGGAAUCCAUGGAUAAAGACAGCGUUGUUGCUUCUGCUUCGAAAGUUUCUGAUGAUUUGCCUGUCAAGAGGCCAAGAGAAGGAGAAGGUGAAGCUAUGAUUGAUAACAACGAGAACGGUUUUUCUGCUUCGUCUUUAUCUAUCCAGAUGGAGAACGGGAACGGGAACGAGCCCAAUUGCAUUUCUUCUGUCAUCCCUGGGUGGUUUUCUGAGAUUAGCCCAAUGUGGCCUGGAGAAGCACACUCGCUGAAGGUGGAAAAGAUCUUAUUUCAGGGCAAAUCUGAAUACCAAAAUGUUAUGGUAUUCCAGUCAUCAACAUAUGGGAAGGUUCUUGUCUUGGAUGGGGUGAUUCAACUUACGGAAAGGGAUGAGUGUGCAUAUCAAGAAAUGAUUACUCACCUUCCUCUUUGUUCUAUUCCAAACCCAAAGAAGGUGCUGGUUAUUGGUGGAGGAGAUGGUGGUGUUCUACGAGAAGUAUCUCGCCAUUCUUCUGUUGAGCAGAUAGAUAUAUGUGAAAUUGAUAAAAUGGUUGUUGAUGUUGCUAAGCAAUUUUUUCCGGAUGUAGCAGUUGGUUAUGGGGAUCCCCGUGUGAACCUCCAUAUUGGUGAUGGAGUAGCAUUUUUGAAAGCUGUUUCUGAAGGAACUUAUGAUGCCGUCAUUGUGGACUCUUCUGAUCCAAUUGGGCCUGCACAAGAGCUUUUUGAGAAGCCUUUCUUUGAGUCUGUAGCAAAAGCUCUCCGUCCAGGAGGAGUUGUCUGCACCCAGGCAGAAAGCAUAUGGCUUCACAUGCACAUCAUUGAAGAUAUUGUCUCAAACUGUCGCCAGAUAUUCAAAGGUUCUGUCAAUUAUGCUUGGACAACAGUCCCUACAUACCCCAGUGGAGUGAUUGGUUUCAUGCUUUGCUCCACCGAGGGACUACCAGUUGACUUCAAGCAUCCUGUGAACCCCUUAAAUGCCUAUGAGAGUAAUAGCAUAGGACCAUUAAAGUUCUACAACUCAGAGAUCCAUUCAGCUGCAUUCUGUUUACCAUCUUUCGCGAAGAAGGUGAUUGAUUCCAAAACUACAUGAGGAGAACAUCCUAGAACAUAGGCUAGUACUGUUUAGCUGUUGUAAUUUACGUGGGGAUCUCCCUCGUUGAGUUAGCCCAGGUUGCAUUGAGCUACUGAAUAAAUUGAGAUCUGAAUAUCAUCAUGGAAGUAUAUAUAUGAAUUUGAGGCUGGAAAUUGGCCUUUUAGCUGGAGUAUUCAGUUAAAACGAAAUGGAGCUCUUUUUUGAG